GUAUAAAAAGACGUCGUUUUUGUGCCAGAUGGGUCAUUAAAUGUUUCAGUAUGAAUAUUCUGUGUGUUGUGCGGAGUGAUACGUUAUGGGACAGUGGGUCGGGGGAAGUCUGGAAUCAGCGUAAACAAACGACAUUUAUUGUCAAGCUACCGCUACGAGCAUAACUCCGAGCCCCUCGUUGUUAAGGAGUGGGUCAGGUGGUCUCACACUUGCUCAAUAAUCCUGUUACCAGUGGACGGAGCGGUGUAGAUCAGCUAUGAGUACUUCUGCGUAACCUGUGUUCUGAUAUGCAGUGUUAGUUUUACACUGUUGUGUCGUGAUAACAGCUAAGGAUAAGCUAGCUAGCUAACGUUAGCCAAAUGUUAACGUUAGUUAGCUAAUAAGCGCUACGUGGUGUCGUUCCCAAACUGACGUUAAAAACUGCAUCGAUCUAUAAAGUGUGAAGCCAUACGCACUAAAACCAAAAUAAACUUAAGUUUGAGCAACAUUUUAAAGCAAAUGGUUUCUGGCUAGGGCCAGUAUAACGAAAUACUGCACAUAAAGCCAGGCUCGCUAAUACGACCUUAAUAAUCCGUUAGCGAUCGACCAAUUUUAAACUAAAUGUUUCCUUGUUGUUCAUUUAUCGAUACAGCUGCCGCGAACCCAAAACAAAGUAAAUAAAUGACAAAGCCACUAGCUAAAGAAAUGGCUAACGUUAGCCAUCUGCUAACUAGGCCAAUGUGUUUGUACUGGGUCAGCGUAAUUGCUGGGACGUAAUGUUUCCCGUGAGAGUUUCCUACUACCGAAUUACGAUGAAUUAAAAUAUUUUCAUUAUGAGAUUAUGUCGGAACGAUAUAGACUACAUCCUGUAAAAAUACACAAACAGAUUGAAAAACAGCCCUUGUUCGUAUUAACCCGUGACACGGAAUCCUAGAUGAACUAUUUUAGUUUCAGGAAGUAGACAGCCCCUGAUCCUCCAAGGAAGCACUGAAGCUUUCCUUUGUUUUACUGAUGGUUAGCAAGCUCUAGUUGGGUUUUACACGCUCAUCUAACAAUCUGCUCGUACUUUGUCCCUAACUUUUCUUCAUAACUAUUGUCGUUUUGUGUAAAAUAAACUGUUAAAUUAAUUUUUUGAUAAAACAAAAAUAUGACAACCUUGUGGAGUAUACCUAUCUUAAUAUUGGUUUUGUAUUUUUCUAUUGUAUUGCACAUUCUUUACAUACACAUAAGACAUUGAAGGAGUAUUCACUCAAUGUCCCACUGUUCACUGCAAAAUAGUCUAUACACUGACUUCAUCUUUAACUGUGUUUCACUAUACCAUGUAGCCUACACACACAUAGUUUCUUCACACUUUCCACAAAGCAAUUUACUUCUAUUAUUGGCAGAAACAGGUUAUUCAGGCUGUGACCUCUUAUGGUGGGUGACUGGUCUCUCCUAACACUGCUUAUAAAGACUGGGAGUCCAAUGGCUACCAACAACACAGGCCUACUGUUUCUACUAAUAGAAGCAGGCAGAGUUUCAGCUCUGGCAAAUAAGCAAGCCGAGCUGGGAAUCCAUCCUGUGAGGAAAAGCUGAUACGUUCCAGUUAAUAUGAAACCUAAUGACCAUAGAGAUUGAGAAAUCAUACCAAGGGUUCCCAUAUUCUCAAAUCAAGGAGCGGUGCAGCUACAGAACCAAAGCAGCUCCUGCAUAGAUCACAGCUUGUGAGGAUUAGUAGACAUGACUUAAUCUCUCACCCUGUCUAACAUGGUUGUUGCUGCAAUUGAGGGGAGAUGAAAGAUAGAAAUUGUUAUAGGCCUACGCACGGCCUCGGGGUGUACAUUUAAGCAAUGGCUGAUAUCCAUCUAAGCACAGGAGGGCUGUGCUUUUUAGAUUUUUAUGAAGACAGCAGGUCUAGAUUGGUGUUUUUUUUUUUUUGCAAAAGUGUGACACAGAGAGGCAAACACUGGGUAUAUCAGCUGCAUUAAAUGUCUGACUGAAAGAUACAUAUCACUUUAAAUGCCUCCCACCCACCCCAGCCCACCAAACCUGCCUGUUUAUGUGUGUGUGCUCACAGUCCUAUGUGAGCUCGUGGAUGGCUGUGGAUCAGGGAAGAUAACAUUUUAUGUUCUCCCUGACAGGAGCAGUUUCAGACCGCCCAGAUGAGCUCUGCCCCGCUCUGCUCUCUGUUAUAACUCCAUUACAAAGACUUAAUUAAGUUUCCAGCCAGUGCUCUGGUACUGUGGGCACCUCUCCACCCACUCACAAAAAAGACUGAAGUCUAGGUUUUCACACAGCACAUCACCAUUUAGAUCCAGGCUUGCACAUACAUCUGGGCGUAGAAGAUGAAUUUGACUUAAACAGAAUUGAUUGUUGUUGUUGAGUUGUUUGCAGUUUCUUUUCAUUACCAACAGAGGGCGGUGCACUCUAACUGAUUGGUAACAAUUGGUUAGGGACUAUUUUUGUGCUGUAAGUACCUGCUUACUGUGACCUAACAUCCGCGUGAGACACGUUUUUAUGACAUUAUAAUUUGUUUUUUUUCCCCACAUACAUUUCUCAUCAGUUGUACCAGAACUUUGAAACAGUCAGCGAACCUCACCUGGACAAUAUAAAAGGAUUUCAAUUUGUGAGAUGACCAGAGGUGCUGUGGUAUACAAAUAUGGCCAUCAGUACGCAGACAGCCAUCCAUACACAGGACUGCUGGACAAUGAGGACAUUCGUGUGAUGAUGCAGGGCUGCAACAUGGUGAAAGUUCGCUCUCAGAGGUGGCAGAAGAGCCGAAACCUGCGGCUCCUGGAGGACGGACUCACUGUGUGGUGCGAGUCCACCAAGAGCUCCCGCAAAGCCAAAGCCCAGCAGACAUUCGCAGUGACAGAAGUGGAGUGUGUGCGUGAAGGCUGCCAGUCCGAGGCGCUGAGGCGUCUGUCUGGGUCGGUGCCGGACAACCAGUGCUUCACAGUGAUCUUCAGAGGAGCCAGGAAGAGCCUGGACCUGCUGUGCCCCUGUGAGGAUGAAGCUCAGCGCUGGGUGCGAGGGCUCCGCACUUUAAAGGAGCAUGUGUCCAACAUGACUCAGAAUGAAAAACUAGACCAUUGGAUCCGAGGCUACCUGAGGCGAGCGGAUCAGAACCAGGACGGCAAGAUGAGCUACGAUGAGGUCAAACGGCUCCUCCAGAUGAUCAACAUUGACCUGAGUGAGCAGUAUGCCCGCUCUUUAUUCAAGAGGUGUGACCGAUCCGGCGAUGGUCGUCUGGAUCAUAUAGAGAUUGAGGAGUUCUGCAGGGAGCUGCUGCGACGGCCCGAGCUGGAUGCCGUCUUCAGACACUAUUCGAGUAAUGGUUGUGUGCUCGCCACUGCUGAGCUGCGCGACUUCCUGGGAGACCAAGGAGAAGAUGCCUCAUUGAAUCAUGCUCAGAGCCUCAUACUCACAUAUGAGCUCAAUGACUGGGCUCAGAAGAACCAGCUCAUGACCCAGAAUGGUUUCACCAUGUACAUGCUGUCCCGGGAGAACGAUGUGGUUAACCCUGACCAUGCCAGAGUCUACCAGGACAUGAGCCGCCCUUUGGCCCACUACUUCAUCUCUUCAUCGCACAACACCUACCUUACCAAGGACCAAGUUACCAGCGCCAGCAGCACUGAGCCAUACAUCAGGGCUCUGAAUCAGGGCUGUCGCUGUGUGGAGCUGGACUGCUGGGAUGGAGAUAAAGGUGAACCUGUCAUCUACCACGGCCACACUCUCACCUCCAAAGUGCCUUUCAAGGAGGUCAUCGAAACCGUCGCCCAGUACGCCUUCAAGGCGUCCCCAUAUCCUCUAAUCCUGUCCUUGGAGAACCACUGUUCUGUGGAGCAGCAGGCUGUUAUGGCCAAACACCUCCGCACUAUCUUGGGCAGCAAACUGCUCACCAAGCCCCUCAGUUCCCAGCCGCUGAAGGAUCUGCCUUCUCCUGAGGAGCUGAAGGGGCAUAUUCUGGUAAAAGGGAAGAAGCAGAUUCCUCACUUGGGCCAGCUGGGGAAGAAUGGCAGCUAUGCCAGUUUUUCCUCAAGCUCUGAGGAUGAGCCAGCAAGCAGCAAUAAGAACACACCCAAGAAGGAUCCUGCAAAGGUCUGUUCUAAAGUGAGCCCAGAGCUAUCAGAGCUGGUGGUGUAUUGCAGCAGUGUUGCCUUCCGUGGGUUUGAAAAUUUAUCUAAAAAACCUCCAAAUGAAAUAUCCUCCUUCUCUGAAAGUGAGGCCCUCAGGCUCAUCAAAGACUCGGGAAAGCUUUUUGUGAGACAUAACAGCAGGCAGCUGAGCCGGAUCUACCCCUCUGGCCAGCGCCUCCAAUCAUCCAACUAUGAUCCUCAGGAAAUGUGGAACGGUGGCUGCCAGAUGGUGGCUCUGAACUUCCAGACCCCCGGGGAGCAGAUGGACCUGAACCAGGGUCGCUUCCUCCCCAAUGGUCGCUGUGGAUACGUCCUCAAACCGAGCUUCAUGUGCAGCCCCUCGACCAACUUUAACCCAGAGAACACGGGAGGAGGCCCCGGUCACAUCCCCACCCAGCUGACUAUACGAAUUAUAUCUGCACAGCAGCUGCCAAAAAUCAACACAGAAAAGGCCAGCUCCAUUGUUGACCCACAAGUGUGGGUGGAAAUUCAUGGUGUGGCUAUUGAUAAUGCAAGAGACAAAACCCACCGCAUUGACAACAAUGGUUUUAACCCACGAUGGGACUGCACCCUGAGCUUCCAGAUGCAGGUCCCUGAACUGGCCCUGGUGCGGUUUGUAGUGGAGGACCACGAUCACACUGCCAAAAAUGACUUUGUGGGGCAGUUCACUGUGCCUUUCACAAGCCUAAGAACAGGUUAUCGACAUGUUCAUUUAUUGAAAGCAGAUGGUUCCAGUCUGUCCCCUGCCACACUCUUCAUCCAUGUCAGAGUGACCCGCAAAGGAGUUCCCAUCAAAACUGUGUCAGAGCGUAUGGCCAUUGCCAAAGGAAAGGCAUGACGUGCAUCUGAACGAGAUGGAAAGAUGCAUUUUCUGACAAAGGGCUUUGGAAAAGGAGCUCUGAAUGUGAGGAGAGAGAGAGAGAGAGACUGCUGCCAGCCGGUCUCCCAGUCCAGACCUCGAGUGGUCCAAUUUAUACUGUGCCACUUCCUAAUGCAGGAAGAAAGAUGUUGUUUAUAAGAAAUGAAGAAGCGCGCUGGCUCUUAGCAAAUGAAUUGCCCCGGGCUGAAUAAUGAAUCCAUGAUACACUGUGGGAGUAUCUGGUCUUGUCAGUGCUGAGUGCUCUGGAAACAGGGCACUGAGGAUUGUGGUUCAUGAAACACACUUAUAAGGGAAUCGUUACAAAAUUCAUUUUAAUGUUGCUAACUCUAGUGUGUAGGUUAUCCCUUAAUCUGUUGGACAGAGUGGAGAUGUUAGAGAGUUAUUUGUAUUUUUGAUUAGAAAAAUAUUUUAGCUUUUUUACACUGAAAUAUUUGACUUACACUUAAAGAGUGAGGAUAGUUUAACCGAACAAAGCACUUACUUAACUGAGGCUGACUCAUAAGCGCUAUAAGUAGGAAUCUAAGCAUGACUGGCUGUGAUUACAAAAUGAUGAUUUUUGUUUUACAAAUACGUAAUAAUGUUUCAACGACUGUCACAGGUUGUGUUGUCUAUGAAGGUUGAACAAAAUUAAGAGUUUAUUCAGUUAGUCUUACUUGAUACUUCAGAUACUUUUAAUUCCUCUCAGGAGAAAGCUUUGAUUUUCUGAAACAAAUGACAAUGUAUUUCCACAACAAAUUUCAAUUGUUGUAUGUGCCUCAGUAUCAUGUCACACAUGUUAAAAUAAGCUGGUGAGUCAAUUUGUGUUUGACUUUUGAAGAUAUUUGCUUGUAGUAUCCUUGACAACCCUGCAUAAUUAUUUUUGUUAUGUAAUUAUUCUUGUCCUUACAUUCAGAUCUUUUGAAUUGUGGUUACACGCUAAUUGCAACAAUCCAAUACAACCACCAAUUACCGUAGGCUACAGCGAAUCAUUAAAUACUCUUAUAGGGGAGGUUCCCUGAUAAUAAAAUGGUGCAGUAAUGAAAGGUGCUGCACAUGGAUUACUGUAAUUACAGUAUAUAUGGUCAGGAUGGGUUUCAAUAGCAAGUAACAACCAUUGAGUAAAGUAAGACAUUGCACUUUGAAAGCUUAUAGCCUAUUUUGUGUGAAUGGCAGCUGGUAAUAAGAGGAAAAUACUGUUUUCAUAAAAGCACUAAUAACA